CAAAGUUGGGUGGCGCCAAAAAAACCAACUACCUCUUCUUCUUAGUCUUCUUUUACUUUUCCAUCUCUUCUCAACGCCAUCAACCACCCCCUACCCACACCCCCACACCCUCAAACCUAUAUAUAUAUAUAUAUAUAUCGGUGUACACGUGAUAUGUAUUUGGAUUCCGUAUUGCGAUUAAUUAACGUGUCUUCGCCGGAAAAUUAACAAGAGGUUGUUGUCCGGAGACUUUGAUGAUCGGUGCGGACGUUCGGUUGAUUAAUUAAUUGCGUACUCGAAUUUGGAAUUCGUAUUGCGAUUGAUUACUUAAUUAAUUGCUGAGUAAGAUUUGAUUUCUCGCGCUUGAAUUUUUAAUUCGUAUCGUACGAUUAAUUAACGUGUUUCGCCGGAAAUAUUAACAGCGGUCGUCGUCCGGUGAGUUUGGUUAUCAGUGCGUAAGCUUCUGUUUGAUUCCUUCAUUAAUUUCUGAUCAAGUAUUGAUUGAUAAUAUUGUACGGAUGAUUAACGUGUCUUCUUCGCCGAAAAAUUAACAGCGGUUUCGUCCGGCGAGUUUGAUUCUCAAUGCGGAGGCUUCGGUUUGAUUAAUUAAUUAAGAUUUACAGCAGAGAAAAGGAUCUUACUUUAUAGACAUUGGUGUGUAAUUUAUUAAGAUUAAAGUGGGUUCUUGAGAGAUUCUCAAGAAUGGCUUUGAGUUAUUAAUAUAACAAAGGGGAUGGAUAUAAUCAAUGUGGUUUAAUCUGGAUAGUUUGGAUGGAUGUGUAUGAAUCAGAGAUAGCAUUAAAGAAGAUUUCGACAGUGGAGACAAAAGGAGCUCCAUUGAUUCAAUCUGAGAAGAACCAUGGAAAUACUCGCAGGCCAAGAACUAGAGAAGUUAGUUCUAGGUACAGGUCACCUACUCCAUCAGCUUCUUCUGGCCCUAGACGUUGUUCUUCUCCUAAUGUCACAAGAAUUGGAACUACUACAUCAACACUUUCGUUACCAAAGAGAGCUGUAUCGGCUGAAAGGAGAAGGCCAACAACACCUUCAUCACCUACCAGUCCAUCACCAUCAACACCUCUACAGGAUACAUCUGCAGGAGAAUUGUUGUCCAGAAAGAUGGCAGGCAAUAGGUUGCCAGAAUCUUUAUGGCCCUCAACAAUGAGGAGUCUGAGUGUUUCUUUUCAGUCUGAUUCAUUUUCUUUACCUGUUGGUAAGAGAGAAAAACCUGCUCCUCAUGCUGUAUGUGAUCGUACUUUAAGACCAUCAUCAAAUGUAGUGCAGAAACAAGGCGAAAUACCUCCUGGUUCUCGAAAGGCCACACCUGAGAGGAGGAGGAGUCCAUUGAAGGGAAAGAAUUCUUCUGAUCAAGCAGAGAAUUCUAGACCAGUUGAUAGUUUAAAUGCUCGAUUAGUCGAUCAGCAUCGCUGGCCAAGUAGAAUGAAUAGGAAGGUACCUUCUGGUACUAUGAACAGAAGUAUUGAUCUGAGUGAUAAGAAUAGCAAAAUUGCGCCAAAUACUCAUCCAGUCACGCCUACCUUGAGGAGAUUGUCAUUGGAUGGUUACAGCAGACCAUUGCAAAAAUCUGCCAGUGAAUUGCUGUCAUUAAUGUCAGUAGAUGAUAAUUCACUUUCAAUGCAGAAGUCCAGACCUUCGACUUCAUUGGAUAGAACAGUAUCGACGAAUCCAGUAGCUAGAUCUCAGACUGUAUCAGCUCCUGGAUCACGUCUUCCUUCACCAAAUAAACCAUCUGUUCUAUCAUCCUCUGCAUCUAGAGGAGUCAGUCCAUCUCGAACAAAAUCAGUCCCAAGUACGCCAUCUAGAGGGUCAAGUCCUUCUCGGAUAAGACCAUCUAGUCCAUCUAGACAACAACCCAAAACUGCUACUUCUGUCCUCAGCUUUAUUGCAGACAUCAAAAAGGGGAAGAAGGCAGCUAACCACAUAGAAGAUGUUCAUCAGCUGAGGCUGUUGUAUAAUAGACAUCUUCAAUGGUGGUAUGCUAAUGCCAGGUCAGAUGCAGCAUUGCACGCUCAGAAAGUUAAAACUGAGAAAACAUUGUACAAUGUCUGGAGAAAUACCUCGGACUUAUGGGCUUCUGUUAUUAAAAAGAGAAUUGCGCUCCAACAGUUGAAGCUGAGGUUGAAGCUUUUUGCAGUUCUAAAUGAACAGCUCACCUACCUUGAUGAGUGGGCUUCAAUUGAAGGGGAUCACACCAGUUCAUUAUCCCAUGCUAUACAAGACCUACAAGCAUGCACUCUCCGUCUUCCAAUAACUGGACGAGCAAAGGGUGAUAUUGAAAGUGUCAAGGAAGCUGUUUGCUCAGCUGUUGAUGUAAUGCAGGCAAUGGGAUCCUCCAUGCGUUUUAUAUUGUCUAGGGUGGAAGGGAUGAAUUGCCUGGUUUCUGAACUUGCUGAUGUGGCAGCUCAAGAGAGAGCGAUGCUGGAUGAAUGUGAAGCCUUGUUGGCUUCAACAGCAGCUAUGCAGGUAGAAGAAUAUAGCAUUAGGUCUCAUCUUAUACAGUUGAAACAAGCUUGGAGAAGUGAUGAGCAGCUGAUACUUGGAAAUUAGAUAGUUUUACCAAAUGGCCUUAGCUAGUGUGUAUAGUAAUAGGUUUUUCCUUUUCAUUAUUUUUUCUUCUUUUUUUCAUUAUUCUAAUUUAUCAUGGGAAAGUUGAAUUGUUUCAUUCUUUUUCUUCUCUACAAAGCUUGCAAAAAGUCUAUCCUAGUGUAACUUUUUGUGUUAUCAACAAGAAAAAAGAAAUGCAAAGUAAGAAAAAAGGUUCAACAUUAA